CCAACAAACUUCAAACCCUCCAUCUAAUAACCACCACACCCCACACAAUUUUCUUCACCCUCUUGAAUCUUCAAUGGCAAUGGCUACACAACCUUCCCUCUUCACACCACCAACAAUCACCAACCAAUGGAAACAAUCCUCAUCCUCCUCCUUCACCACCAUCAAACCCCUCAAACCCGUAUCCCCCCCACGCUUCACCGCCAUCAAAGCCGCAGCCGCCGAAGAAGCCCCCACCAAAGAAGCCCCCGCCGCUCCAGUCGGCUUCACCCCACCCGAACUAGACCCCAACACCCCCUCCCCUAUCUUCGCCGGAAGCACCGGUGGCCUGCUAAGAAAAGCCCAAGUGGAGGAAUUCUAUGUCAUCACAUGGGAAUCACCCAAAGAACAAAUCUUUGAAAUGCCCACCGGCGGUGCUGCGAUUAUGCGAGAAGGCCCGAAUUUGUUGAAGUUAGCUAGAAAAGAGCAGUGUUUGGCUUUGGGGACACGGUUGAGGUCGAAAUACAAGAUUAAGUACCAGUUUUACCGCGUGUUUCCGAAUGGGGAAGUGCAGUAUUUGCACCCGAAAGACGGGGUGUACCCCGAAAAGGUUAACGCUGGCCGACAAGGGGUCGGUCAGAACAUGAGGUCGAUCGGAAAGAAUGUUAGUCCGAUCGAAGUUAAGUUCACCGGAAAACAACCCUAUGAUAUAUGAUCAUUGAUGGUUUUGAAACAUGUUUGUGAUUAUGUAAUUUGAAGUCAAUUAACAAGCAGUUUAAUGUUUCUUA